ACAUUUCAAACUUUCGUCUCCAGUUAGCUCUCUCACCUGCCCAACGCCACGCCACCCCAUGCACGACACAUCGAUUCCGCAAUGUCAAUAACAGCAGCAGCUGCGAAAGGCGAUACGGGGUUCCAGGUUCGAUCGCUGUACCGUAGCCUCCUCCGACAAUCGCGCGAAUUCGCGCUGUACAACUACCGCGAAUACGCACACCGACGGACGAGAGAUGCGUUCCGGGAGCAUCAGGGCGAGACGGAGGAGAGGGCUGUGCAAGAGCUUGUGCAGAAGGGCUUGAAAGAGUUGCAGAUGAUGAAGAGACAAACAGUCGUCAGCCAGUUCUAUCAACUCGACAAACUAGUCGUUGAAGGCGGGAAGACGGGGAAGCAGACUGGGAAGAGCGGAGGCAUAGUGCGACAAAAGGACCAAGGAUGGGAUUAGAUUGAAUGUCCAGGGCAGUCGCGAUCUUGUAUAAAAUAUCAUCAUCUCCCACCCAACGUGCAAAACACAGUACCUGUACCAUUAAAAAGACAGACGGACAGCGUCAUGAAAAAUGUUUCUUGCCUAUCGUGUCCAUUUGGGCUUCAAGGCUGCAUUACUCACGAUCCAUAAAGAGCAUAUUUUACAUCUGCUCGAAAUCUCUUGUCCU